AUGGUACGGCCCAUGUAGCCAUUAUGUGAUGGCACCCACAACACUUUUAUCGAGAUAUAAGUACUGUUUCCUCAUGUUUACCCCCCCUAAAAAAAAAAGCACUAGAACUAUUGGAUACUAUUGUCCAAUCACUAGUCCAAGACGCUUAAGAAAGUGGUUGUGGGGCCACUUCAAGCAUGCUCAGAUGAAUGUCCAUUUAAAUCCAGCUUCUGUCCAGUUUUGGGAGCAGAAACAGCGCUGGCUGUCAUGACUAAUGACCAUUCCAUUAUCAGGAUAGGGACAGGGAGAAUGUUUUAACUGACCAUGGUAUUUUCCUGACUGAGUUGGGACUUGGAGGCAUUGAAUUGCGGUAGUUCUGCUCCUAUCUCCAGGGAUGGAGCCAGAGAGUAGCAUUGGGUGACCUCUGCUCAGCCCUGCGGUAGCUGUCCGACACGGUCCCACAGAGUUUGAUCUGGUAGCCCAAGCUAUUGAUCACCUGCACAAAGCCUCUGGUAUCAGCCAUCAGGGGAUUUGGAGAGAAAUGUCAUUAGUACCCUGAUGGAACUGAGCUCUGUUCCUUUGAUACCAAGAGGUCCUGGAGAUGUCUCUACUGUCUAGAGGUGGUAAUUGACUGGAUGUAGGACAAUACAUUAAAGUUAAAUCCAGUCAAAACAGAGGUGUUGUGGGCAGGACAUCCGGAUGCCCAGGAAUUGGGAGAACAUCCAGUUCUUGACAGAGCUUUGUCACUCGAGGUUCAGGUGGCCUCAGUGAGUAGGACCACCUAUGCCUGACUUUGUCAGGGAUGCCAACUAUAGCCAUUUCUGGGAAAGGAUUAGAAUAGCUAUGGUUAUUCAUGCUCCUCCAGUGUGGCCAGUGUGGUGUAGUGGUUAAGAGCUGUAGAUUCAUAAUCUGGGGAACUGGGUUCGUGUCUCCGCUCCUCCACAUGCAGCUGCUGGGUGACCUUGGGCUAGUCACACUUCUCUGAAGUCUCUCAGCCCCACUCACCUCACGGAGUGUUUGUUGUGGGAGAGGAAGGGAAAGGAGAAUGUUAGCCGCUUUGAGACUCCUUCGGGUAGUGAUAAAGCGGGAUAUCAAAUCCAAACUCCUCCUCCUCCUCCUCUUCUUCUUCUUCUUCUUCUUCUUCUUCUUCUUCUCCAAGUUGGACUAAGGUAAUGCCCUCUUUGUGGAGUACUGUAAUGCCCUUUUGAAGAGAGACUGUAAAUAUAAACUAGUGCAAAAUGCAGAAGUCAGGGUGCUAGUAGGGUCAUCAGGCUGCAAAUAUAUUGCUCCUAUUUUUAAAAAAGCUAUGCUAGUUGUUGAUUGUUCUCCAUGCCUAAUUGAAGCUGCUUUCUUUGGUAUCUAAAGCCCUUAAUGGCCUGGGACUCAAAUAUCUGCAAUCUUCCAUACUGGCCUGCCUGUGUCUUAAGAUCAGAGAAUGAAAGCCAGCUUGGUGGUUCCUGCAUAGGAUGAAGUGUGGAUGCCUAGAGAAGGGCCUUUUCGGUCGUGGCUCUUCAUAUGUGCAACUGCCUCCCUACUGAGGUACAUCUGGCCUCACCUUUGUGUAAUUUUAGGUGAUUGGUUAAAUCAGAUCUUUUUUAAUCAGGUGUUUCGAGGAUAACCCCAACUGGACACACUUUAGUUUGUUGCUGCUGCCACUAGUUUCUGUGUUAUAUAUUUAGAAGUUGUGUUAUUUUAUGGAUUUUAUGCUCUGUUUUUCUCUUGUUUGAUUUGGCUAAAAAGUGCCUGUGGCUUGUGCAAAAAGGCAGCAUGGUAUAUCAAUUAAUCAAUCUUUAUUAUGGUCAAAGAGCGGACAGCAGUACAGUACAUAAAUCUAAAUAAAUAGAUAAAUACAAUACGAAAAUCAACUGUGUAUAGCCACAUGCACACAUAUUACUGUUAGAAUUCCUGCUCCAUGAUUACAGUCAUGGGAUUGUUGUCUAUCACAUGACUGUAUAUGUUUUGACUCCACAGAGUGAGAAGUGACGGAGACAGGAUGCUUGUGUUACUGUGUUCCGUGAAGUGGGACUAUUGUCCUUUGUUCUUUCUCUUUGCUGUCUGAUGCUAGAGAGAGCCAUGUUGCAGUGCUCCAUGUGUGUUUAUCUGUAAAUAAAGUAGAUUAGCCAAAAUGCUGAGUUGCGGAGGUCUGUUACGCAACUGCGGAUCCCUAAGUGUGCCGGUGUCUGUUGGCAUUGGUCGCUGUGAUGUUCGGGCUGAAGAAAGCUUUUGAAGCUCCCGAACAAUCGACCAGGAGGGAGAGAACAUGCCAGUUGGGCAUGUGUCUCUGCCAGGGUCCUACUCAAGUGUAGGACAAGCUCCUGACAAUUACUACAAUUUCCAUAUAUAUAUUCAUCACUUUAGGAUCGUAUGUCAGACACACAUCCUAGUAAGGACCCUGUUGCUCCCACAGCCUUUGGUGAGGGUGGGGCUUCUCUUGCUCACCAACCAUAUGGGAGUUUCCAAUCUUUCUCCGUAUCCUAAGUGAGUUAGGAUCACCUUCUCAACUUGCAUUAACUCUCUCGGCAGAUGGUUGGGGUUGGGAGAGAAGUGUCCUUUCAGAUACAGCACACUUCUUGCUUUGCAUGAUUACAAAAAACAAAACAAAAAAAGCAAUACAGUGCAUGAUCUUUGAGACUCUCACUUUUUAUUGAAAUUCACUGCGUCAUAUAGCACAGAAUGGUUUUAUGCAAACACAAGAGAGAUGCAAACGUUGUGUUCCGUACAGUGUCCCCCAUGAGAAACAUAUGCAUUUGGGGAAAAGACCAUUAAACAGAAAAGAAAAUGAUUUUAAUAAUAUAAGUAAGUGCCUUUUUAUAUUUCACAAGUGUGGUUUUUGAAAAUGCAAAGCUGGGGGAUCUGAUAAAUAACUAUAUUGGUACAGGCAUGGAGGAGAAAUUUAACCCUUUCUUCCCUUCCUGUGGGCCUAAGAAGACUUUUUUUUUUAGCUAAUGCUUGUAUUAGGAGGAAAUCUUUCCUCUGGCACUGAUUGCAAAUAUCAGCUUCAGAGGAGGGAUUUUUCCUCAGGACAACAGCAAGGGAAGAAAGGGUUACUUCUUCAUGCCUGCAGUGAUCCUAGUUAUCACACACAAAGACACCGACACCCACCCCUCACUGUUAUUUGCAUUUUUGAAAGCCUGUAUGCAAGGAUUCAACUACCAGAUUUUGACCUCCCUCCCCUCCCCUUUCAUGCUGUUCUGGGAAUUCUCCUGACCAUCACUCCUGAUUCCAUUGUGCAAGUGGAAGUCCUUGCACUGGUCUUCUGCCAGCAGGGCUCAUUAAAUGAAUCCUGCCGUUUAUGUCACAUCUAGUUUGGCCUUUACUUGGUUCUGUGCACAAGUCACCUAGACAACAAAUGAAAAGCUACAUUUAAGGUCACAUCUGGUUUGGCCCAAUGACAGGCUAGGUUUGCUGGCUUCCAGAAUGGAGAUUUGCCCUUUUUUAAAAUGGAUGCUAGUAAAAACAAGGCAACCAGACCUUAGCAAGCAGGGCUAAUAAUAUAGUCAAGGUUCAUGUGCUACGUUCUCUUUUUAAAACAGUAUCCUUAAAAACAACAGCAGCAGCAACUUGCCAUUUGGCUAGCUGGAAAUAGAUUUUGAUGGGACAGGAUUGAGAAGAACAAUGCAGUAAACAAACUCACUGAGAUGUUCUAGCCAGCAAAGAGUGGUUAAGCAUGAUUCACGCUGACAGAGAUUCAGCCUCGGAAAUGGAUUCCCCAUUAUUUGCCCCUUUGCUUAAAUUUUUUAUUUCUGUUGCAGCUUCAUUCUGACCAGGAUAAAGGAGACUCUACACUUAAAUACAUCCUUUCAGGAGAUGGAGCCGGAGACCUCUUCAUUAUCAAUGAGAAGACUGGAGAUAUACAGGCCACAAGGAGAUUGGACAGGGAAGAGAAGCCUGUCUACAUUCUCCGUGCUCAAGCUAUCAACAAAAAUACUGGAAAGCCAGUGGAGCCAGAGUCAGAGUUCAUCAUUAAGAUCCAUGACAUCAACGACAACGAGCCACUGUUUACAAAGGACACUUACAAUGCCAGCGUCCCAGAAAUGUCUGAUGUAGGUAGGUGUCAUAUCAGUCUAUUAUUAUAACUAUUGCUAUUAGUAUUAACAUUAUCAUUUGUUCAGCACUUUUAUACCAGGAAAGUCUCAGGGCAGCAUAUAGGAAAAAGGAAAAGAAAUUGCACGCAGUUAAAACAAUUAAAAAACCAAGAAACAGCAAGCAAGAACGUAAUCAUAUACGCUUCUCGAAACCCCACUACACCCUAACGACAUUGGCCUGAUCACUGUUACAUUAACCAACAAAAGUACAGUAACCAGAGAAAAUUAAGACUCAAAUGCCUGAGAGAAGAGGAAAGUUCUUGUCUGGGAUUUUUGUUUGUUUCCUUUUGAGCAUAAAGGAGGGAGGGAGAACCACUAAAAAUAUCCUUUCUCUUGUUGAGUGCCCCCCCCCCCCCGGGGACUUCCAGCACCAGAGCACUUGGAGGAGGACCUGCAAUGAUGACUUCAGGGUCUGUGUAGGCUUACAAGGGAGGAGAUAAUUCCAUGUGGCACUGGGCUCCUGAGGUGUGUAAGCCUUUACAGUGGACCCAAAGGUAAUGUAACUUUCGGGUUGCAAACAUGGCAAACCUGGAAGUGCAUACUUCCGGGUUUCACCACAUGAACAGAAGUGCUCUGUGCGCCAUGUACAUGCGCAGAAGCACUUUAUCGCGCUGUGCAUGUGCGCAGAAUCGGCGUCUCAUGUUGACCUUUCAGGGUACGUACAGACCCCCAGAAUGAAUUAAGUUCAUAUCCGGAAGGUCUACUGUAUAUAUAAAACCAACACUUUGAAUUGUGCCCAACAAUGCAGAGAUCAGUUUUCACCUACUGCUCAAGGGACAAAUCCAGACUUGUGAAUUCUGCACUAAAGUAUGGUCAGGUAUAGUCUAUUUCUAGUCCAUGCCUGUUAAGCAUAUGUUCAUUCAGAGGUCCAUUUCUGCAUUAGGCUAUGGGUUCUAUUUUCAAUCCACCAAAGCACUGCAUUUCAAUAUGUAUCUUGCUAUAAUGUUAUCUCCGUGUACACAUUUCUAAGUGUAUUUUAUCCUAAAAUGUGCCUAUUAAUGCCUUUUGGUAUCGGUAUUGCAAAACUUGGAGGUGUGUGAUAUCCAAAGGAUGAUUAUGUUCUAAUCAGCACAUUUAUCUGUGAGGUGUGGAUCAACUAAUAUCACAUUCACAGAAAUCCAAACCCCAAAGCAUCCCUACCUAGGCUCAAUCCAUAUGACUGCUUCCUCCUUUGUCAAAAUGGGCACACACCUAUUUAUUCUAUAUUCCUGAUAGACCAUGUGAAUUACGCCAUCACUGGUAUGGAAAGUGUGAGAAAGGAGAGAUAAUGGGUAAAAACAAGUGAUAAUUUGCCAAGUGAUAACUAGUGCAACCAUGUGAGAAACUGGUUGGUUGUUAUAUCUCUCCUAAGUGGUGCAGGGGUGGCCAAUCCAUAGCCCAUGGGCAGCCUUGCCAAAGGUUUUUUUGUGCUCCCCAAGACUCCUUCCCAAAUUUGCCUUAAAAAAAAAAGCAUUUUACUGCUCUUGUUGGAAGUGUGCUGUGAUGCAUAAGGUUUUUGUGAUCCCUCUAAAAAAAUCAUCCUUUAAAAAAUGCUUUAAUGAAAUUUAAUAGUGAAUGGUAACUGUUGUAGAACAGCUGGAGGACUAUUCUUUGGGUAGGCAGCUCUCAUCACGCCCACUUUUGUGCUUUGGAGAUGUCCACUGUGACAGUGUUAGCCAUCCCUGAUAUGUAGUGAAAAGGAUUGUUCCCUGGAUGUGUACGCAAUCAAAACAAUUGGGGAAUGAGAAGUCUAUUGCAAAUUGCUACCUCCCCUCUUGCAUGCAUGCCACAGUAAAUUGCCAGGUUCAAGUAUUCACCCCAUUUACAGAUAUACACUUCUGGCCUAGGUUGGCAGGAGCAGGGACCGAGCAAUGGGAGCUCACUCCGUGGCUGGGAUUCGAACCUCCGACCUUCUGAUCGGCAAGUCCUAGGCUCUGUGGUUUAACUCACAGUGGCACCCGUGUCCCUAGCCACCCAUGCCAACCUAGCAGUUCGAAAGCACAUUAAAAUUAAAGAAGAUAAAUAGGUACCGCUCCGGCGGGAAGGUAAACGGCAUUUCCGUGCGCUGCUCUGGUUCGCCAGAAGCGGCUUAGUCAUGCUGGCCACAUGACUCGGAAGCUGUACACCGGCUCCCUUGGCCAAUAAAGCGAGAUGAGCACCGCAACCCCAGAGUCGGUCACGACUGGACCUAAUGGUCAGGGAUCCCUUUACCCCUUUACCUUUACCUUUACUUCUGGCCUGAAACAUGGAUGUGAGAACCGUCCCUCCCUUCCCUAGCUGGCACCCCGGGGUCAAAUUGAAUUAGCUGUUUGCCCCAUAUUGUCCUUGCAUAAUUGGACAUUCCUUUACAAAUAGACGGUGUCAACACUCAUUGCCAAACCAGGACAGUGAUGUGGGAGGAAAUGAUGCAAGUAUUUGCCCUCACCAUGAUCCCUAGCAGAACCUCCCACCACAUCAGACACACUCACCUGCUAUUUGCAGCGGGAGGACUUUUUGAUCAGGACCAUGCUGGAGGCAGUAGCAGCCACAACUACAGUGAGCUCCUAGCUGCAUUGCCUCUCCCCAUCUCCUUCCUGGCAACCAGCAGUGACACGCAGCGUUGGGAAUCCAGCUGGGCAAUGCCAUCCAACAGCACAUCUCUCAAGAACACCUGUAUCUCUGGUUACUGUACAAGGUAGGCAAAAAAGGUAGCCGCAACAAAUGAUAUUGAAUUCAAGAGCAGUCCUUCAAAACUCACUGUGAAUCUCAAAACACCCACACAUCCACCAUCGUGAGUCCCAUUUCCACCUCUGGAGAAAACUCCUGAAAUGGCACCUCUGUUGGAAUCUGCAGGUACAGAAGCAAAAGCUGUAUAGAAGCAAAAGUGCCAAUUUAAAGUGAUGUCCUUUGGCAGAACAGCAAAUAUUUUUCUAAUUUUUUUUAUCAUUGCAGGUACAUUUGUCGUGCAAGUCACAGCAACUGAUGCCGACGACCCUACGUAUGGGAACAGCGCUAGAGUUGUCUACAGCAUUCUCCAGGGGCAGCCAUAUUUUUCUGUCGAGUCUGAGUCAGGUCAGGAGACCUUAAUCUGUCAUUCUCUGACAACCUCCAUAAUUUAAAACGACGCGUUAAGUCAAGCUAGGACCUAUUUGGUAAAUUCUUCAAGGAAAUUCUAUUUGACUCAGUGCAGACUUCGAGUGGCUCGGUAGAGUGAUAGAUCUGUAAAUAUGACACAUUAUUUUAAUAUCUUAACCUAACAAAAACAGAAUGGAGCCUGGAUGGAAAAUCCUUUUCCCCCCCAGUCCAUUUAAAACAAACAAAUACUGGGAAUGUUUAGGAUGCCUGCAUCAAAAGCAGGGCUCAACUCAGUCGUUUGGCUUUCAUGAAUAAAAAUGGAGAGGGGACAAUCUUUUUGUCUCUCAAGGGCAACCAUCCAUCAGGGGUAAUGUGCUAGGGGCUGCAGGAAAGCAAUUGGCAGAGCCAUAGAUGAAAGUGUUCUGGAUUAACUAAUCCAGAAUAAAGAUCACCCUGCUUCAAUUUUCAUCAUGGAUACUACCAUGGCGGGGGGAGGGGGAGAGAGAUUAAGGCAGCUUCAGGAAGCACAGCAAGAUACAUACAAUGAGCUCAGUGGCCAGAGGUUGUCCAUCUGUCAGCAGAAAGGAAAAUAAGACUAUGAAGGAGAUGAAUACUGCUUAAUCACAGGUCCUUCAAAAAAAGAUUGGAGGUAUCGUUUUUAUAACUCUGUGGCUCAUACAGGAAACUGACGUGAAAGCCAGCUCAGCUUUGAAGUGGAAGGAGAAAGUGUGGUAGACAGAGAGAUGCUGCUGACUUGUGAAUAAUAAUAAUAAUAAUAAUAAUAAUAAUAAUAUCUGAAAUCUGGACAGGGAAUUUUCUCUCUCUUAUUUUAUGCAAGCUUUCAUUUUUGUAAAUUUUACAACUACAAAGUUAGCAGUAAACUUACUUGUCUGCAAUUUGGGGGGACAGUUCAGUUUCAGUUUGACAGAGUGAGGGUUACACCUUUGUGUAACCAGUGUGGUGUAGUGGUUAAGAGCGGUAGUCUCGUAAUCUGGGGAACCAGGUUCACGUCCCCGCUCCUCCACAUGCAGCUGCUGGGUGACCUUGGGCCAGUCACACUUCUUUGAAGUCUCUCAGCCCCACUCACCUCACAGAGUGUUUGUUGUGGGGGAGGAAGGGAAAGGAGAAUGUUAGCCGCUUUGAGACUCCUGAAGGGGAGUGAAAGGCGGGAUAUCAAAUCCAAACUCUUCUUCUUCUUCUUCUUUGUCAAAGCCCACCUGAGCAGCUUCCAAAGCACCCAACAACCAGCUGUUUUGGGGGAUAUUUUAAAGUGCUACUCAAAGUCAAUUUGCCCUGGCUGAUGUGAAGGCACAUCAAUCCUGCUUGGUCCAGGUGUUUUGUUUCAACAUCUGAAAGGAAGUGGAGGGGGAGCUUGCUUCUAUCGGCACCUUGCCCCUGAUACAUGCUUUGAAACCUCAAUGUUGGGACUUCAAAGCACCCAUCUGUUCAUGCACAUAUUUUAAUGUAUGGUUCUAUCUGCAUAGCCCCAUUGUUUCUUGGCCACACUAGAGUGUAACAUAUUUUUUAAGGAGCCCGAUUUUUAUAAACAGAUGGGCAGUUUGCAAAGGCACCCUACAUUUUAAAAAGCCAAAUAGAAUGACACUGAUAUUUUACCCCUCUGUUCAACUUCUUUUUUUCCCCUCCUCCCAAUACUGUUUCUACCUCUAAAUAUAUAGAAAGAAUGCUUGGGGACUUGCUAUUUUCCCCAUGGAUUUCCUUUCAAUUUAAUGUUGUAGUACUAUGUCUUUAAUGAAGGCUUGCUUUCACCCCGUUUGUCAAAAUAAAAAUUUCAAAUAAGAAAUGGGUGGAAGAAAACACACGCACAUAAAGAUGCAGGACAAAAAGCAAUGGAGGAAAAAAAGUUAUGCUCCCUUUUAGCUUCAUGAAAUGCUUUAGCAUGGGGUUAAUAGGUUGAUGAAAGAACUGCAUCAAACAGCAGUAUAUGCAAAUAGCUUGAAGCUCUUUUCCAUAUUGUGCAAGUCACACAAGCAACAGAACCAGAUACAAUUUGACAAGGCUAUAAUUGAGUGCAGCAACUUGACAACACUUAAAUAUUUACAUCGGGGUAAGUGCAACCGUUACUAGCGACUGUUGCCAAGAGGACAGAGUGGAGGUUUAGAUUUAUUACUUAUUUUUUUGCAAUUGUUCUAGGCAGCUUUUCUGUUCAAUGCACACAUAGACACAAAACUACAAAUAAAACAUAACUCGCCUUUAAAAUGUGGUGCACUACCCAAACGAUUUAAAAUAACACUAAGGAUCACUUGCCAUUCUUGACAGCAGCAGCAGUUGCGACCUGGUCCAGCCGUGGGCAAGCUGGGGAGCGCGGGGUGGGGGUGGACACAAAAACCUCCCACUCAGCUGGCCAGUAUCAUAAGCUCCAGCCAGCAGCAGGGAGUGACAGGACUCCCCUACCUCUUUUGAACUUACAUUGGCCAAUCAGAGACCAGACUGCAAGUAGGAAUUUGGAGACGGACCUGGCUAAGCCUGUUUCCACUCGGGUCCCUCCCCAAAUCAUCAAAGCUGGUUGCACCAUCUUCCAGCAGCGCAGUCAGCAUCGGACAUGUGUGCAGCACUCUGGCACUCUAACUUAAGCUUUUACAGGAAAAGUCAGUGACCUUCAAUGGUGUCCUUAAUUUUCUCAUUCCCAGGCAUCAUCAAAACAGCUUUGCUGAACAUGGAUCGAGAAAACCGAGAGCAGUACCAAGUGGUCAUCCAGGCAAAAGACAUGGGAGGCCAGAUGGGCGGAUUGUCAGGAACCACCACGGUGAACAUCACAUUGACGGAUGUCAAUGACAACCCACCUCGUUUCCCCCAGAGUAUGGAAGAUUUAAUCAUUCUGCUUUAUCUAGCUCAGUUCUGCAGUCCAGUGAUGGGGAUGCAAAGAUACACAGCAAGCCUGGAAUCUUUAAAAUUAGAAGAGAUGGGUGUUAUUGAGGGGAGGGGGUUAUACCUUUUGGUCGCAAAUCUGUGAAAGCUUUUGGAAAGCACCCAGCCUCACUACUCUUGACUAUUGACAAUUAUUUCUCGGAUUCAUCUUCAGCUCUGUCUAUGGUAUUGUAAUGUCCUAUUUCAAAGAGUCAAAAGAAAGUACAGUGGUACCUUGGUUCUCGAACUUAAUCCAUUCCGGGAGUCCAUUCGACUCCUGAAACAGUUCGAAAACCAACGUGCGGCUUCCAAUUGGCUGCAGGAGCUUCCUGUACUCAAGCGGAAGCCGUGUUGGACUCUUGGCUUCUGAAAAAUGUUAGCAAACCAGAGCACUUGCUUCUGGGUUUGCGGUGUUCGGGAGCCGAUUUGAUUGGGAGCCAAGCCGUUCGAGUACCAAGGUACCACUGUACACUGAAAUCAAUUUAAUUAGGGGAAUUUAGCCCAGUUCUUACAUUGAGUACAUUAUAGUACAUAGCUACUGGUUGUUUUUGGCUACAUUCUUUCAUUGGUUAAGCAGCCUUUGUGAUAUUUAGUAUGAUUCAGUGCUUGUCAGUUUGUCUAAUCCUGGGCUCAAAGGCUACUGUUUUGCCAAGUAGCAUGGAAACCACCAAUCAUUUCAGAAAACGUCCCUGCCUGGGCAAACCCUGCACAUUAGAAAUAAGGCUAGGCUACUGACAUAUGGGAUGUGGGUGGUGCUGUGGGUUAAACCACUUGCCGAUUGAAAGUUCACGGUUCGAAUCCCCGCGACGGGGUGAGCUCCCAUUGUUCGGUCCCAGCUCCUUCCAACCUAGCAGUUCGAAAGCACUCAGUGCAAGUAGAUAAAUAGGUACCACUCCAAAGGUAAACAGUGUUUCCGUGUGCUGCUCUGGUUUGCCAGAAGUGGCUUAGUCAUGCUGGCCACAUGACCCAGAAGCUGUCUGCGGAUAAACGCCGGCUCCCUCGGCCAGUAAAGCGAGAUGAGCGCCGCAACCCCAGAGUCAUUUGCGACUGGACUUAAUUGUCAGUGGUCCCUUUACCUUUACUGACAUACUAGCUUUCAACUAGCCACAAGAUUUUGAUGCGUUCUGAAACGGCAUUAGCAAAGAGAACUGCACCAAAUACUUUUCUCUCCAAGGAAAAUAAUUCUAGAUAAAAAAGUAUGCCAGGUUUAUAUAUUUGAAGAUGUUGAGGGAGGCAUUCCCCCAACUGAAGAAUAACUCAUAAUAUAGGGCAAACGUCAGCCUGCGGGUAUGGACAGUAGGAAACUUCUGUUGACACGAGUAGGCCAUAAUUUGAGACUCGGCUCCAUGGCCUAAAGAGAAUUACACAUCUCUGGCCAAGGGCAUCUCACAUGCUCUGAGACAAUGAUGCAGAAACACAAUGACCAAAAGGUCCCCGAGACAAUAUAUUUGGGUCAUUUGCAGUGCAGCAAGUUAACAUGAAGGGCUUUGGCUGUGCGUCGUCUUGUGUCGCUACAUCACAUUGCACAAUGGUCGUUUGCUGUUUCCUUAUUCACUGUAUUUGACGUAUGGAUGCUUUUGGUUUGCCAUAAUCCAUCUGGCGAAAACAGCCCUGCGUGCAUUGUGAAGGGAGGACUUGUUGAAAUCAGUCCAAGGGGCAGGGAAAGAGAAAAAUGCCUUGUAGGGGGUUGCGGUAGAAUAAAGCAGACCUGAUUUAAACAAGAUACUGGGCUUCUUUAAAGCACUUAUCCCUGCCAGGUUCCACACAGUUCUCAGCCUGUCAGGCAAGUGAAUGGUUUGGCAGGUAGGCCCGCAGGGUUCGAUAUUCCACAGAUAGAGCAACCUGUUGUUACUGUGGAGCCAAGAUCAGAGUCAGUCACUUCAUGGGGCUUGAUAAGAUACUAUUGGCUCCCUGCAUCACCUUCUCUGUGCUGAGUUGAUAGCUGCAGUUGUUGUUUGACAUCCAUCUGUCUCGAGAGACAAUGGAGUGCAUCUCCAGGGGUCAAGUCAAACUGCUGCAUUAGCAGCACCAAAGUAACCUACCUGGGAUGCAAACCAGGGCAGUGUGUAUGGAGGUCCCAGACAGCAAGACCCGCUCUCAGCCUUAUGGAUAUGAUUGCAGUUCUGUACUCUAAUCAUGUGUGGGACUGUCAUGCAAGCUAGCCAUUCCCUUCACCUGCAGGCUGCCGUACAGGUGCACGGAAAUGGAUUCCUCUUCCCUACCAUCAUUUCCCCCUGUUUGACGAAGCGUCACGACACCAGCGCCUUUAAAUCAGCACAAGGAAAGAGGAACCUUGAGCCAUAAGGUGUUUACAUGGCAAAAGCCAGAGGGAAACCGUUCCGGUGUGCAGACUUUGCAGCUGAAGGGGGGAAUAGGUUAAGUCUGAUGCCAGAACAAAUGGAAUGGUUAAGCACUUGCCUUUUGUAUCACUUAGAAUCUCCUUUGAAUCAGGAAUACAACAGGAUGGCUCUAUGAGAAAGUAGAAAGUCCUGCAAGCAACUUGGAGUGGCAGCAACCUAGAAGUCAAUUUACUGGUGUGGAUGCUGGUAGAGAAUAGAUGUAGGAAGAAAACCUCCAUGUGACUGGAGAUUUUGGGGGAAAUGCCCCAAUAGCUGUGAUCGUCUGGCUAAAGUUUCCCUUUAUCUCUAGGUGCCUACCAGUUCAAAAUCCAUGAGUCUGCACCUCUCGAUUCGCCGGUUGGCAGGAUAAAGGCUACUGACGCUGAUGUGGGUCAAAAUGCAGAGAUGGAAUACAGCAUCAUCGAAGGGGAUGGCUUAGAAAUGUUUGGCGUCGUCACAGACAAGGCGACGCAGGAAGGCAUCGUAACAGUGAAAAAGGUGCAUGUUCUCAGAUGUUUCCUUCUGGCUUUCAGCAUGCUUUUGUCACGUGCGUUUUGUCUCCCACACAUAGUUGUUAACACCCUUGUCAGUGCUCUGCAAAGGGUGGGGAAAUAGCUUCAGAGGAAAUAUCUCACACUUUUGCAUGACUGUCCAGAUCGGAUCAAGUGGCCCUGGGCAGCCCAGGCACACAGGCUGCCCUCCCCCCCCCCCUCGACACCUCCCUUCUCAACUCUGACUCAUCACAAGCUAUAGAUCCUGCAGACUUCUUUCAGCCUGUGUCUAGAAGCUUCUUAAGCUUAAGUUUGGGUUUGAUAUCCCGCUUUAUCACUACCCAAAGGAGUCUCAAAGCGGCUAACAUUCUCCUUUCCCUUUCUCCCCCACAACAAACACUCUGUGAGGUGAGCGGGGCUGAGAGACUUUCAAAGAAAUGUGACUGGCCCAAGGUCACCCAGCAGCUGCAUGUGGAGGAGCGGGGAAUCAAACCCGGUUCACCAGAUUACGAGUCCACCGCUCUUAACCACUAUACCAUACUGGCUCUUCUUCCUCAUGCUGCAGCCCAGUGUUUAUCACCACUAUGAGAUAAUGCAAAAUAUAACUCUAUUUAGAUGCUAAACAUGGUUGGGUGGGCUAGCAAAAUGCUGUUCACUUAUAUGAGAAGAAAUAAAGGGGUGCAUCCUUUGAGUGUGAGCAGAACCUGCUUCUUGCCCUGUAUAGCACCAGCUAAUAAGGACCACGUUUGCUCCUGUCUGAGUCAACCCAUCCUAUGUCUUGUUUCUUGGUCACACUAGAGCAUGAGGGAUAUUGUGACUGGGCAUUUGAUUAAUUAUGUGUUGGUUGCAGGCUUUUAAAAAAUGGUGCCAAUCGUGGUCACUAGAUUGAUGCUAGUUGUAUUUGCUGGGUUGAUUUAUGUUCUGGACCUGGGAUAAAAAUGUGAACAGUGGCCAUUUCUGUUACCGACAGAAUUCUUUGACAUCCGUAGGUGCAGCAGAUCUGUUCUGUUAAAUGGCAAUCUGGCCUCUUUUACAGACCAGUUCUUUUCUACAUGUUACAAGGAGGGGAUACAUUUUAGAGACGCUGACUAGAAAUCUGCUCCGCUAGCCCCCACAAAUUCUCAAAAACUGUACCGUGUUGCAUAUGAAACAUUUUGAAAUUAAACACUCUGAAAAGCUGGGUAAAGUUAAUAUCACAUCUACUGCAAAAGCAUAUUAGAGCUCUGUGUUCCUAUGUAUUUCCCCUCUACAAUGCAAUUAAUAAUUCUAUUCGGGUACAUUCUGACUUUCUCUUUUGUUGUGUCUCUUUUUUUAAAGAGCAGAGCCUUAUAAGAUCCUGAGUGGGAACUACUAAUAUGACACCUUCGUUGUCAGAAAGCAUUUCACUAAUCUCAUUUACAAGCAACUUAUCUGGCAAGCUUGAUAAGGUUACAGAUAUCAGCCCGCAUCAAUUCAAACUUAGCCAACACGAAAAAGACAUUGUGUAGAGUCUCAAACACGGACUUUUGCCUGUAGAUCUCUGCACAACACCCGUCAUUACUUAUUCAUACAGAAAUGCCUCAUAGGACUUGAUCCUGAUAUCACUCAAUUUUCUGUUUGUGUCUGGUUCUGAAAAAUAAUGCUUUGGCCAGGUUUCAUACAGUACAGGGGAUAAAAAAUGAAGAGGCAUGGUUUGUCUCCUUUCCACCUAAAUUGCUUGUGAUGUUUCUUCUGUACCCUCGGGAUUUCACGAUGCAGUCAAAUCUAAUUGCAACUACAUCACGCACAAUUCCCCCCACUUCCUCGAGCAAUAGGAAAUUCUAGGGGCAGCCUCUGUGGGGGCUGAUUACAUGUGAGGAGAGAGCACUGGAAGCUUGUGGCAUUUUUGCAAUAUCUGUUUAUGCAUUGAACAUAGUGGGGGGAAGAAAAGCCCCAUAGUCAGAAAGAGCCUGCCUAUAAAGCAACAUCAGUUCCCCCAAAAGCAAACAGCUUCUAUUUGAAACUAGGGGUGGGAGAGAAAUUCAACUCAGUUUGCAUUUAAAGGCGAACUUACCAAAUCUGCAGUUCCCAAAACAAUAUGGAAACCAAACACGGUCAUCCAUCAAAAGUUGUGCUUUGCUGUGUGCUUUUGCAAUGCCAGGGAGCGUGUACAGAUAAUAAUAAUAAUAAUAAUAAAUUUUAUUUAUAUCCCAUCCUCCCCAGCCAAAGCCGGGCUCAGGGUGGCUAACAACAAUAAAACAAUACAAAACUACAGCAUAAACAACACUCUAAAAUCGUUCAUUAUAAAAUUAAUUAAUUCAAGCCACUGGCAACCAUUGGGCCAGAGCUCCGCGAAGAUUGCCGAGGGAGGGAGUCAGGCUGUGCCCUGGCCAAAGGCCUGGUGGAACAGCUCUGUCUUGCAGGCCCUGCGGAAAGAUGUCAAGUCCCGCAGGGCCCUGGUCUCUUGUGACAGAGUGUUCCACCAGAUCGGAGCCACAGCCAAAAAAGCCCUGGCUCUAGUUGAGGCCAGCCUAACUUCUCUGUGGCCUGGGACCUUCAAGAGGUUUUUAUUUGAAGACCGUAAGUAGUACCUUGGGUUAAGAACUUAAUUCGUUCUGGAGGUCUGUUCUUAACCUGAAGCACCACUUUAGCUAAUGAGGCCUCCCACUGCUGCCGCGCCACCAGAGCACGAUUUCUGUUCUCAUCCUGAAGCAAAGUUCUUAACCCGAGGUAUUAUUUCUGGGUUAGUGGAGCAUCUGUAACCUGAAGCGUAUGUAACUCGAGAUACCACUGUACAUAUAUAAAAGUGUGCCUAAAAAUGCGCACAUUUGUGAAACUAACAUACGAAAAUAUAGCGCAUUAGGGAAAUUUGCUUUGAAAAACGGUGCCUCUUAAGCAAACAUGCAUACUGUGAGAAACUCACACAAAAGUGCUGAUGAAUUUUCAUGACAACUUUUUUAUUUUAGAAAUCCCAAAGUGAUGUUGAAAUGUGGGGAACGGAAAUUAAGAUUGGAAAAAUGAGAAAUGGGGAUAAUUGGAAAUUGAUGGAUACCUCCACUCCUAUCUGGAGUGUUUCCUUCUUUCCCCCCAAGACUCCUUCAUCCUCUCAGCUACAAAACUCAUAUUCUUUCCUCUUUAACUGGCUGCACUGCAACUAAUAGCCACUUCUCCAGCUCACAACAGAGCAUCAGGACUGUCUGUGCUGUUAGGCAGAGUGAGGAAGCCAUCUAAAAAACCCCAACAACCCUGAUUUGGGGGUGUAAUGAAAGGGCAGCGAAUUGUCAGUUGUUUCAUUUAUUACUAUUGUAUUUUUUACUGCCAGGGCGUGAGAGAAGUACCUGAGGGGUUGUUGCCUCAGGUGCUAAAAUAACUUAGCCAGGUUUUGCACACUAUAUACCGUAUUUUUUGCACCAUAACACUCACUUUUUUCCUCCUAGAAAGUAAGGGGAAAUGUCUGUGCGUGUUAUGGAACGAAUGCCUGCGGGUGGCGGGGGGGGGGGGAUCUGCUGCAGUCGUGAGCAGAGGAUCCAUGGUUCCCCUUCCUUCCCUCCUCCGUGGUUACAAAGCAUGGAUCCUCAGGAUUUUUGCAUUGGGCUACUCCAAACUCACUGUCAGAUCACAUGUCUGUGGCCACAGCAUGAACCACAAAAAUCAUAUAUCCACUAUUUCGUUUAGAAUAUUUUUUUUCUUGUUUUCCUCUUCUAAAAACUACAUGCGUGUUAUGGUCUGGUGCGUGUUAUAGAGCGAAAAAUACGGUACAUUGAAUGGUGCGGCAGAGAUGGGGAAGCAGGGACAGCAAUUGCUGUUCUUCCUGAGGCAGCAAAAUAUCUUGGGGUAGCCCUGCCAACCACAUGGGCUGUGUCCGAGCUCGGUAGACACCGUCAAAGCUCACGAAGAAAAGUCUGGCAGACGUCAAGUGCUAUUGAGCAAGCAUCUACAGCUAGUUCCAGAAACAUCGACUGACCCGUCGGCACUCAUUAACAAGCAAUGAAGUAAAACAAAUGGCGGUUUUCUCUCCCCUUGACACAACACAACAGCAUCCUCGCUACGCUCUUUUACCGAACGCCACGCUACAUUGGUUUUGACUUCACAUAACAUAGUUGCAUUUCCAGUGAGGAACGGCUUUCAAAACACAACUUCCCCCCAAAUUGUGUCUCCUUUUCAGGUAGGGGCUUUGAGGGAAACGAAUGUCAGUUCAGAGUGGGUGGUUUAUUUUCUCAUUUGCAAGGAAGUGUGGGGAGGCAACAUCGUUGGGCAAACACAUUUGGGAAGUGUCAGAGUAGGAAAGGCAGGAAUGUUCCAACAGAAAUGAGGUCAUUAAUGACUUCUAAAAAGUGCAGGAUCGGAGGACAAACCUCUCGUCUCACAGCAGCACAUUAUCUCUGGACAUUAGAAAGAUUUCCGAAGUUGCCAUUGUAUAUUUUCUUCUUCCCAAGGCAUAAAUGGGGCAAUUGUUUGAAGUGGGAGUGCUUGAAUACGGAAACACCUCUGCCCAACUUGGAGCAGUCCCAAUUCAAGGAAACACACCUUCCUUCUGGAGCAGGCCCUUCUUCAAGCUGGGGCUCAAAUGUACACCCUUCAUUCCUUGGUCUUCUCCAAGAAGCAACAAGAAGUGUUGUCCUUUGAAGAAGAGAAAGAAGGUAGUAGAUGGAGGAGGACUCUCUGCUAAAGGUUGAUGAGCAACUUCAUUGCCCCUUCUGUUCUCCCGCCUUGUGGUUCUUUAUAUUUACACCAGACACCCUCUCUCCUCUUUAAAAUAGGGCACAUAACCACCCUACCUCUGAGGCCGAAAUCCUGGAUACACUUACUCAGGCGUAUGUACCGUUGAAAACAGUAGGGCUCCCUUCUGAGCAAACAUGCAUUGAAUUGCAGUGCAAAUGUUUGUUUUGAAGUGCAUAACGCGCUCAUUCCACGCAUUUCAGUCUGCCUCUUUGAAUGUCAGGUCUCCCAGGAAAGCUGUUAUCAGCUUUCUAUUUAACAUGUGCAUUUUCUGCUCCUAGGCUUUGGAUUUUGAAAAGAAGAGACAGUUCACUGUGAAAGUGGAGGCAAGCAAUCCUCACGUGGACCCCAGAUUCCUCUAUCUGGGACCCUUCAAAGACAUUACGACUGUCAGAAUUGUGGUGGAGGAUGUAGACGAACCUCCAGUAUUCAGCAGACCAGCCUACAUAUUUGAAGUGAAGGAAAAUGUCCAGAUAAACACUGUCAUAGGAACCGUGACUGCCCGAGACCCUGACGUUGCAAAGAAUCCUAUCAAGUAAGCAUAGACUUUUUGUUUUAUCUCUGAACUUAGCAUGUUUGGGGGGGGGGGGGUUUAAUGCCAAUAUCUUACUACUGUUGAGAAUGACAUAGUUGGUAUAGCUAGGUGUUAUUUCAGUUGUUGUUUUUUAAAGUAACUUUUAUUUGGUUUUACAAAAUCAAUCACACAAUUAACAUACUUGAAAACAUUAAAAAUAAAACAAGAUUCUUUCGAAUCUUAGGAUUUCCCUCCUCCCCUCCGUAGAUUCUUUAAAAAGCUUUGUCAACUGCAUAUAAUAGUCCAUCCAAAUUACAGUCCUCUAUUGUUUCCAAAGUCUUUGUAACAUUGCAAGAGUUAUUUAGAGCCUGCCAAAGAGUUCAAGUGUUUACAGUGUUCUUUUAAAUGCAAUCUGUAUUCAUCCCAAUCUCUAUUGAAGUUCUGAUCUUCCUGAUUUUCCCUGUCAAUCUCGCCAUCUCUGCGUAAUCUAGCAGCUUCAUCUGCCAGUCCGCCUUCAUGGGCAUCUUGCCAUCUUUCCAUUUCUGGGCAAGCAGCAUCCUUGCAGCCGUAGCAGCAUACAUGAACAGUCUUUUCAAUUCCUUCGGUGUAUCUGUGCCUACAAUUCCUAAGAGAAAGGCUUCUGGUCUAGCUAGGUGUUAUUUCUGGGUCUGCCCUGUGAGACUUCUUCCGAUUCUUUCAUCACAGAAUACAUAAGAACCGCUUGUCUUAUCUCUGGGGAAGUGCUGUUUGCAGCUUAGCUCGGCCACAGCAGGCAGGGCUCGCUCCUGCGAUGUAGGCAGGCAGGGGGAUGUUCCUUCCACCUUUGCCAGCUGCACCUGCUUCAGGAGACUCUUUUGCAGGUGUCACAGCCAAUUGCAGAGGAGUGUGUGGGCAUGGCUCAGGGAGCAGACCAGAGGAGAUUGCUUUGCCUCACAGUCUUCCCUCUGAUCUGCUCCCUGGAAAUAUAAGCGUGCCACUCCCGUGCCUCAGCCACAGUUCCCUUCCGGAUUUCAGAAGAGAAGGGCACCAGGCGCAGUAGAGGAGGAGGAGAAUUUAUUUUUUACAUGGACAGUGGUGGCGGCUUGCUGGACCUCUGAAGCAGCCGAAGAAAGUGAAAGAAAGAUGAGAGAGAGAGAGAGAGAGAGAGAGGGAGAGAGAGAGAGAGAGAGAAGGCACCAAGAGCUUCACUAAGUAGGGAGCAGCUGCGGCAUGGCUAGAUGUGGUGUGGCUUGCUAUGGAAGUGCUUUGGUCGCCAUUGGAGGGGCAGGGAGGAAUGUUCCCUUCAGGACAAUUGGCCAAUCUGGAGAUACUGCCUGCCUCAAAGCAACUGUCACAAUUUGAUGGUGGACAAGGUGUUGAGAAUGGAUCCUUAGACUAAGCGAGCACCACAAAAGCAGGGCAAUCCCAUUAAAGGGAGCAUGGGGGAAGAGCUUCUUUUCCAGACACCCAGCUCAGGGGUUGAUGGGCCAUAGAACCCCCCAAAAUGGUGGUCACAGGGGUUGAUGCACAUCAAAGGGCAACCUGUAACCUCGGGCGACCGUGCCAAUCGACAAACAGCAGGCGGACAGUUUGCUUUCAGGAUAUAAAUAUCAUGGCAACCAUUAAGGAGAUGUUUCCAUUAUUUUUGUUAGAACUUAAAUACAGAAGCAGCUUUUUGGAGUGUUCAUUGGCAACUAUUAGUGAGAUGUUAUUUGUUUAAAAAUCGAACGAAGGAAGGCAAGAAGCGAGUGAGGAGUGGCAGCCAGGGAGAGCUUGGCAAUGCUUAUGUUCUGUUGAAGUAAAUGGAGUUGAAGCAGAAGGUUAAGUGUUGGACAAAAUGCUGUUGAACACAAUGGCACACUUCCAGAGGUACAAUUUCCUGUACUCUCGGUCUGGUGCAGAAAGACAGGAAGCCAUCAAAGCAGGUACAAUACAGGGAGCCAACAAAGUAGAUACCUUCAGAAUAUAUAUCACUAUCAUUAUUAUCAUUCUAUCUAUUACCAACCUUUUACUGGAAGGUCUCAGGGGCCCCCUAUCUGCUUUGUGGGGAAAAACACUUGAGGGUAUAUCCUGCCACAUGUGUUGGGCCACUGAGAAGGGAGCGGGUGGCGCUGUGGUCUAAACCACUGAGCCUCUUACACUUGCCAAUCAGAAGGUCGGCGGUUCGAAUCUGCACGACAGGGCGAGCUCCCAUUGUUCUAUCCCAGCUUCUGCCAACCAAGCAUUUCGAAAGCACAUCAGUACAAGUAGAUAAAUAGGUACCACUGCAGCAGGAAGGUAAACGGCAUUUCUGUGUGCUCUGGCUUCCAUCAUGGUGUCCCAUUGCAUGAGAAGCAGUUUAAACAUGCUGGCCACAUGACCUGGAAAGCUGUCUGUGGACAAAUGCUGGCUCCCUCAGCCUGAAAAGUGAGAUGAGCUCCAGAAUCUAUGGUAUCCUUUCAUUGGACUUAAUAGUCCAGGGGUCCUUUACCUUUUUUACACUGAGAUGGUCCAAUGAUUGUCCUGGAGGGCAUGAACUCCCAACCAGCCCAUUUGAGGCAGCCUCAGCAUAUUGGAAGUUCCCCAAGACCACCAUGAAAGGAUUCUCUAAAACCACAUCCUAUAUUACCUCUGCUACCACACUUAGGGAUGGUUUGUACCAUCCUACAAACACACACAAACAAACAGAAACCCAUUAUCUCUCUCUGGCCCAACACCACCAAUAAUCCUUCUAGUGCAAACACAGGAUGGAUUGUGCCUCUUGUGACAAUCUCAACUCCCCUCCCCACCCCAAACGUCAAAAUUGCUACGCCAAGUACCAGGCCGCAGAUCAUCUGCUCAGGUCCCAGUUAUGCACACAGGUACUAUUUUUUUGGUGUGUGGGGGGCGGAGGGAGAUCCCAUCACACUGUGAACCAAACUACAGUGGUACAUCUGGUUAAAAACUUAAUUCGUUCCAGAGGUCCGUUCUUAACCUGAAACUGUUCUUAACCUGAGACACCACUUUAGCUAAUGGGGCCUUCCGCUGCCACCGUGCCGCCAGAGCACAAUUUCUGUUCUCAUCCUGAAGCAAAGUUCUUAACCCGAGGUACUAUUUCUGGGUUAGCAGGGUCUGUAACCUGAAGCAUCUGUACCCCGAGGUACCACUGUAUACAGAUCUCACAGCCUACAUCAGCAGUGUCGACAGUUGAGAACAGACUGGAAGGCCAGAUCAGGCUGAUGGCUUUGGCAAACACAAAUGUGUGCCUGGCGUAUGCCUACUUUCCCCACUCAACCAUUCACUUAGGCAUGCCCUACACCAGGGCUCCUCAACCCGUUGCCCUGCAGAUGUUUGGGGCUAGAACUCCCACAAGCACCAUGUUUCCUGAGGCUGAUGGGAACUGUAGUCCAAGACAUCUUCAGGGCACCAAGCCCUGUCCUGUCUUGGUGUGGCUAGAAACCUCACUCCGUUUUUGUUGUGUCCAUACUCCUCUGUUCCUUUGUUGCCUCUGAGCUGUUCUUCCUGCAUCCGUGGUAUGUACACUCAGGUUGCUUUCUCACCUUGCGAAGGUGCUCUCCAACACCUCUCCCUCCAUCUUUCUACUCAGUCAUGGGUGGGAGCUGAUAGAAGAAAGAUACAGGAGGAGAGAGGCAAUGGGGAACUUUCAAAAUGAGGCCAAGGAGCGUGUGCUUGGUUGGAGAUGCGCAGCAACAGAAAGCGUCAAAGGUAGCCUCUCUGGACAUGCCUCUGGAACCUAAAUGCUGUGCAGGAGUAGAGAGAAAGUGAGCAGAACCGUGCUACCACCCAAACUGCUUGCCUAUGUGAUCCUGAAGGGCUUUUCUGGUGCCCCCUCUCCUAGCAUCUUCCAAGAUCCGCAAGCCUAGAUUAGGACUGCCUCGUCUUGACAGUGAUUUCCCCCACACACACCAUCAUGAGUGUAAAUGCUAACUCUAACUUUCCCUCGCAGCUUGGGGGAGGAUGCAAUUAGACCGUUAUAUGUUCUACUUGUCACUUACUUGUCAGGUUCCCCUGACAGUUAGAAAUAAAACCUUCAGACACUUGAUGUUACAUUGAAAACCCUCAAUUUUUUCCACUUGACUGUAGCUUUAAAAAGAAAAACCUUAGCACAGAGCACUGUCAGCUUGAAAGCCCUUUGAUCUCCCAUUAAAGAAUGCUUCAUAAUGUCAUUAUGAAGAUGCUUAGCAUGUGUGUGAGAGGAAAUUCACACAUGCAUUCCUCAGUGGCCCACAAAUUUUCUUGGCUUGCAGUUGCAUUAAAUACAGGGACUCUGCAUUGAAGAAAGCAAUUAGGGGAAGAUCUCCGAGGAGCAGAUUUUGUAAAAAGUCUGCCUUUGGCACUAGCAGAUUGAGUGACACUUACAUUUGUCAAUAGAGUAACAUUUUAGUCACUGAUUCCCCUCGCCUGCCUGGAUGCUGAGUGACAUUCCAGAUGAAUAAAUGCAUUCAGAUGUACAACUAUCACAAUAUUAGAGCUGACAGUUUUCAGUCUUGAGUCCAACGAGGCUCUAGUCCCAUUAAGACCUCAUGGAGACUGUGGCCCAAGAGACGCUGGCACGUACCAGCAACCGCAGUCUCCACACCAUCCUCCUUCCCUCCAAUGUUUGCCAUACAGAAAACCUGCCGUCUCCCAUGUCAACCAGGCAUUGCAAAGGAGCUGAGAUUAGUCGCAAUCAUCCCUGCCUACACCUGAAUAAACUUGGAUAUGCCAACACUUCGACUAAAUGCUGCAGCUGUUUCAUUUAACAACCACUUGAUGUGCAUACAGUAGCAAGGGGUUGUGUUUACCUGCGGAAAACUUUGCUUGUUGAUCUCUGCACGUCAAUAAAGCAUCAGAAUAGACCAUACCAUUUUCGUCCGGUUGGUUUGCAACCAUCCUUAUCUGUCAGGCUACACAGAAAGGGACCAUCGCCUUGUCUGCUUCUGUGAGGAAUUGAAAAGGGAUUUGGCAAAGAGAGUGGAUGGGCAGUUCUCCGCUGAGUGGGGCUCUGAGAGAAUUCCAGGACAACAAGGACCCCUGUCCGGCAAAUUCAAAAUACUGCAGCAUAUAUAACAAAACAGUUGAUCCAGCUCGGGUAGCCUGUUAACACGUCAUCUAAUCUAAGGUAGCACUUUUGUCCUUGAGAGCAGUUCAGCCCAUGAACUCUGCACAUUUAAAGGAUGCUACGUUGUCAUUCAAUCAGUAUCACAAGAGGUACCUUCAAGAAAAUAUUGCAGUGUGGGGUAUUCCUGCUCAGUAUGCCAAUCAGCUAUGCCUUCUUUCAGGAUAUGAUAUUCCGUUUCCCCGCCUCUCCACCUCAUGUUUUCCUUAUCCUGGAGGCGGUUGGAGGAUGGAUGGUGGCUAAUGGAUUGAAGUUGAAUCCUGACAAGACAGAAGUAUUGUUUUUGGGGGACAGGGGGCGGGCUGGUGUGGAGGACUCCCUGGUCCUGAAUAGGGUAACUGUGCCCCUGAAGGACCAGGUGUGCAGCCUGGGAGUCAUUUUGGACUCACAGCUGUCCAUGGAGGCGCAGGUCAAUUCUGUAUCCAGGGCAGCUGUCUACCAACUCCACCUGGUACGCAGGCUGAGACCCUACCUGCCCGCGGACUGUCUCGCCAGAGUGGUGCAUGCUCUAGUUAUCUCCCGCUUGGACUACUGCAACGCGCUCUACGUGGGGCUACCUUUGAAGGUGACCCGGAAACUACAAUUAAUCCAGAAUGCGGCAGCUAGACUGGUGACUGGGGCGGCCGCCGAGACCACAUAACACCGGUCUUGAAAGACCUACAUUGGCUCCCAGUACGUUUCCGAGCACAAUUCAAAGUGUUGGUGUUGACCUUUAAAGCCCUAAACGGCCUCGGCCCAGUAUACCUGAAGGAGCGUCUCCACCCCCAUCAUUCUGCCCGGACGCUGAGGUCCAGCGCCAAGGGCCUUCUGGCGGUUCCCUCAUUGCGAGAAGCAAAGCUACAGGGAACCAGGCAGAGGGCCUUCUCGGUAGUGGCGCCCGCCCUGUGGAACGCCCUCCCAUCAGAUGUCAAAGCGAUAAAUAACUACCUGACAUUUAGAAGGCAUCUUAAGGCAGCCCUGUUCAGGGAAGCUUUUAAUCUGUGAUAUUUUACUGUAUUUUUUGUUUCUAUGGAAGCCGCCCAGAGUGGCUGGGGAAGCCCAGCCAGAUGGGAGGGGUACAAAUAAAUUAUUAUUAUUAUUAUUAUUAUUAUUAUUAUUAUUAUUAUUAUCCAAUAUGCUGCAUUCUGUGCCCAGUCAUUGGACCAUUUGUGGUGGGGUGGGGUGGGGUGGGAGGUCCACAUACAACUCCUGGCCUAAUGGUUUGUUCUGCUUCUGCAAACCUCAGAUUCUCCGAGUAUACAGAUAUCUCCCUCUUGAUACCAGGAGCCAUGUUCUUGCUACAUAGCUGUCAUAAUUCAGCACUUGAGUUUGCUGUUGCUGUAUACAAGCAGGGCCCAACCUCAAAAUUUUGCAGUGCAUACUGUGUAUGAAACAGCAUGUGUAUGUACCUCGGGACUGGAAAGUAGCUGAUGUAACAAAAAAAAUUAAACAGCGAUCCUGGAAAUUGCAGGCUGGUUAGCACCAUAAUCUCUAAGCAAUGUUCCUGGAACGUAACUGAUGUGAACAUUGCACGACCCCUGCAUUUCCUUAUGUAUAAGUAUUAAGGACUUAGUGACGGCAUCUUCAUAUAUUUGUUAACAUUCUAGCUUAUCAAUUUCCCCAAGUUUGAAGGGAAUAAAGCCCCAAAAUCUGACAUACACGCACCAGUAAUUUCAUUAAAGAAAUGUAAAAAAUGAGUUUGAUGUUGUCGACUUAAUUUUUAAUAGGCUAUGAUCCGCAAGUCAAAGUCACCACCAAUUCAACAUAAUUAGCAGCCCUUGAUCAAAAGAGACCUGGGAUUAUUUAAAUGGAAUGAAAGCAAUGAGAAGGGUAGCCUAUUAAAAGCAUUCUUCUAGGUCAGGGUUAACAAUGUAAUUAGGAUAUACUUUUAACUACUACAACCUUGUCUUGUAUUCUUUCUGAAUGAGAAAAAUAAUUUAGAACUAGCGUUUUGCCAAACCACGGUGUUACCUAUUAGUACUGUGUCGCAUUAGUGUUCUGCUUGCAGAUGAUGCUCUGUGCAGAAUCGGCCCACCCAUGAGACAGUGUGAAGCAUCCUCUUCAGGUGGCGGAAGCGCAAGAGGCGGCACCCUGCCUGCCCCACCGCUUCUGCCACUGCCAUAAUGCCCCCUCUUGACAGCAAAAUGGAGGCGGUGGUGUUGCUGCUCCUUUUCCCUGCCCUUGGAGUGAAGAAGACAAGUGUCCGUGCUCUGAGGAGCAAGCUGGCAUUCACUGAAUUGGCAAUAGCCAGGGGGUUCCCGAGUGCAGUGUUGUCACUUGUGCUCCCCCCCCCCCCCCAAGGUAGGGGAAUACAAGUGGCAAUGGCGGAAUUAGGGGGCGGGGCACAUUCCUCAGGUGGCAAAGUGGGAUGAACCACCCCUGCCUGUGCAUGUAGCGAUUUCUGGGAAACCAUGCAUCCUCAUAAUAUUCAGGUGCAGAUCUAUGUCAUGGGAGGAGGGAAACGGUUAGCCAUUUGUGAUAAAAAAUAUGCAUAUUGCACAAAUAGUUGAAGAUAAAUCUUUACUUGUUAGGUUGACAACAGUUGAACAACCGGUAUUAUUUACAUCUACAUUAAUGAAUGUCUCUCCCUUGAGCCCAAGAGAGGUUUUAAUUCUUUUUUUCAAAACUCCUUUGUAGCAGUGCAUAAGUUACUAAUCCUUAGCUUGCCUGUCCCCACAGCAUCCUCCAGAAAGCGUCUUCAUGAAGCCCCCACCCUCUCACAUUCACAGCCAAAGACAAAACCAACACAAUAACCAAGCCACUGCCUUCUGCCACCUCCUUUCCCCAAUACCAUUUAUCCUUUGUGAAAUACAUUCACAAUACAAUACAAACACUAACAGAAAUGCCAGGGCAAACAGGUUGAAACUUGCAGUUCGGUAGGUUCUCUGCAGAGUUGGAAUGAGCGACUGAGCUCGAGGCCCUACUGCAGCCCUAGAGGGUUGACAGUCCAGCAUUAGCCUCCCCACACCCCAUUUCUUCCAGAGCAGGGCUGAGAAACCCAUGAGCCUCCAAUGCCGUUGGACUCCAACCCCCAUCAGCCCUACCAAACACUGCAGUUGGUCAAGGAUGAUGGGAGUUGUAAUCCAACAGCCGCUGUAGUCCUACAGGUAGACCCAUCUUGGUAGUGGCAUGUUGGCAGGAGAGACAGCUAUGAGUCCCUUGUUCUUCUAGAGAUGAACCAGCUGUUUGAUCACCAGGGGUAUACCACACAGCCCUACGGUGAUGAUCAGCUCUGUGAUAGUGGCUGCCACUAGGAAGUUGAACUUAACCAUGUAGCAUGGUGCAAACUAAGGCUCCAUCCAUUAUUCAUCUUUUGCCAAGAAGCUGGAAGAACGGAGGCUUAGCUCCCUCCUGUCUGACUUGAGAUGAAAGUACAUGCACCACUUCCCACCCAUUGGGUGUAAACUGCCCAAAGAACCUCUUUUCUCCUGGGCAUCCCUUUCCCCUUGCUAGGGCUUUGCUAGGGCAUUCUCUUCUCUCCACUUACAGCCUAACAUGAUCAAUUGUAUAGCCGUGCUUCCUAAGGGCAGCUGCAGCUAAAACAAAUGGUUAGCAUCAGGCUGCAAAUUAAGAAUCGAACAUAAACAGGUUUUCUCCAUUGCUUCCGAGAACUGUGUCACAUACACUGUGCUAAAUCUGUGAUGUUCGGAUUUCUGGAUAUUAGGCUUCCGUUUGAAAAACUUACACCGCUAAUCCCCAGUUCGCUGAAUAUGUGAAAGAUGCUUGCUUAAAGCUUGUUAAAUAACUUGGCAAAUCCAAACUGUGGCACUACUGCCAACUUUCAGUAUAUGUCUGAGAUAUUAAUUGUUGCCCCAGCUUGAGGUCCUGGUUUCUGCAACUCAUAUAAUUCCAGGAGAAUUUCUGCUGGCACACAGCCUUUGAAGUCGACAGACACACAAACUCUUCCAGCCCCAGACUUUUAAAAGGUAUCAGGGAGAUGUUCUUUCCUUUCACUUGAAAAGAAGCAGCAGCAGCAGAAAGUCUCAUGAUCUUUAAUUCACUUUAAUCCGUUCAUCAGGAAGGCUUGACUGCUGACCUUUCAACAGAUGGAAUUAGAAACGGUAACCUAACGCCAUGUUACGUUGAAAGCAGAUGCUAAAUUCACAGUGACUACACACAACCCCACUUAAAAACCCUUGCUUUGAAGGAGCUCCACCAUGUAGCCAACUUCAGGUCCCAUCUUAUUCCCCAUCCAAUCCUCUCUCUCUCUCUGUGAUGGCCUGGGAUUCGGACUCGGAUGCUGAACCUGAGGGAUCCCAGCCUGCACAGGAUUCCCCGCCUCCAGAACCAGCUGAGCUGGGGCUGGGGCAUAAGCCUGAAGGGUCUUCACCAGUGCUGGAUCCUCAGGUGAAGGCACCAGCAGAGUCUGCUCUGGCUCCUGAGGUGAUGGAGCACCCAUUGCCUGCAGGUGCUCCACUCUCAGCCCCGUCAGAGGAAGCUGAGGUUGCCUCUGGGUCCGGUAUCCCUCCAGCCUCUCCUGAGCUACAGAGGCUCAGGGCAGAGAGGCGGAGGGAACUAAGUUCCCACAGGAGGAGUGCUCACCUCCAGGCCAGGAGGGGUGAGUCACCUGAGGAUCUGGGCCGCCCUAUGCCUCAGGGCAGAUAAAAGCCGGCCAGACCCAGUCCCAAGUUGCGGGAGCAACAUUGUUGGUUGCUAGGUCCUGCCUGAGCUCCUGACCUGCCCUGGCUCCCUGCUUGCUUGCCUGUUCCUGACUUCACCUGACACCCUGCCCUGCACUCAGCUUCAGCUACUACAGACUGCCUCCACGUUGCAUCUUUGACUUGCACCGGACUUGGACCUCACCUCUGGGGUAACCCAUGGGACCAGCACACUCUCCCUCUCUCCCGCACCAAUCCUUGGGAGCAGGGAAACAGUUGGCUGAAUUCCAACUCUUCCCCUUGGCAACCUCAGCCAAUCUCCCCUGGGCAUUACAGCAACCAUAGUGUGGUUGAAACAGGUAAAGCGAUAUGAGAGGGUAACUUGCCUAAGUAGACACUGUCAGGAGCUUGUCCUCCACUUGAGUAGGACCCUGGCAGAGACACAUGCCCGACUGGCAUGUUCCCUCCCUCCUGGUCGAUCGUUCGGGAGCUUCAAAAGCUUUCUUCAGUCCAAACAUCACAGCGAUCGAUGCCAACAGACAUCAGCACAGGGAGCCUGCGCCAGGUCACAAAAGCCGCCCACCAACAAUACUGGUGAGCGGUCAUUCUAUAGCCCUUGCCGACUGAUCCAUUUCAUCUGUUGCCCUCCUAUAUCCUGCAGUUUAUUGCCAGCCUAGCCAAAAUAUUAUAAAUCCUGCCAAAAAAAAAAACUUUUUAAAAAUUGCAUUGCUGACAUUUCCAUUUUAGGUGGGUCAGUGAUUUUCAGCAAGUUCUGCUCUUGGGUACAUUUGGUAUUGAAUUAUUUAGAAGCAGUGAUUGGCCAUCCUGUUCAGUUGGGAAGUGCAGGAAAACAGCAGCCUGUUCCUUCCCUUGCAUGAGUAAAUCUGUGCCCUACAGUUAUUUUAUUAUUAUUUUGUUUAUUGAAUUUAUAUACCGCCCUAUACCCGGAGGUCUCAGGGCGGUUUACGGUUUAUAAAGAAGGCUACAGAGCUCACUAAAUUUUCACUAAUGCACGCAACCAUUCUUGAGGCAGAAAAGUGCAAUGAAACACCUUUUGGUUCAGUUUUCUGUGAUAGGCAGUGCAAUCGUAGACAUGACUACUCAGGAGUAAGGCCUUGUGAUGCCUUGGGUGAAGUUACUUAGGUUGCAAAUAAUGUUACGCUUACCUGGAAAUAAAUGUGCAAGAGAGUUGCAGGCUGAAUAAGCCAGAGCAUCACUAUGUUCAUGCCACAUUAGCUUUCAACAUGAUCAUUAGCAGGAAAUUUUCACAAAAUUAUAUUAUACUACAGAAACAUUGAGCUGGGAGGAAAUGAUCUUGUGGCAGGUUUUCUACCAUAUCACGCUUUGAAAAUUUUAUUUUCUGCACAAGAAGCUUCACAGGUUGCAUUUGUAUUUUGAAGAAUGCAAGUUGUUCACCUGUUGAAUCUUGAUGUCUGCACCAAGGAGACAAAGGGGGAGAUAGCCAAAUAUUUUUUAAAAAAUCCAUGCUCAAGUAAAGAACUCCAGAAUGCCAAUUGUAACACUUAACAUGGAAAUUAUGAAUUGGCCUAAUGUGUUUGGGUUGUGUCUCAAUGGGUGGUGUUGUGAAUAAAAUAGGAUUUUGGCAAAUGGUGAGGAAUUACAAAUGGUGAGGAAUUACAAAUAUUCCAUCUGCUGAAGCAGGGUUUGUACCGACCAGGAUCCUUAGAUAAAUCCUGCCCAAAUCACAGAAGGUAUCAAGAUGUUGCAGUUCACAAUAUCAGUACAACAACAUUGGUUUGGUGGGGUUUGUUGUUGUUGUUUGCAAUAUAGCUGUAGAGUGCACCAUAAAAUUAUUUAAAAGCAUUUUUGGAGCGAUCUCUAAAUGACUUUGUUUCUAUUUUCAGGUAUUCUGUAGAUCGGCAUACUGACAUGGACAGAAUAUUCAACAUUGAUUCUGGAAACGGUUCAAUAUUUACUUCCAAACUUCUUGACCGGGAAACAUUAUUGUGGCAUAACAUUACAGUAGUAGCUUCCGAGAUCAGUAAGUUCUGCAUAAACACCAUUGCCGUAACGAAUGCAGCCUUCCAGCUGAGAAUGGCUGAAAGGAAGUCAAUCUCCAUGCUUUGGUUGUUUUGCUGUUAUUCAUGGAAGUAAACUUUAAAAAAGCUUCUGUAUUUUCCCCUCUUUCUUUCCCAAGGCUACAGCUUAUGAAGAGGCAACUUUGUGCCUGAAUGGAAAGGAAAUUAGUAUGCCCCUCAUUUCAGAUCAAAUAGACUAAAGAAAUCCUCCUGGCCAUUGGUUAAUUAGGAUGGCAAUUGCUGCUUGUGAACAGCUGCAUAGAUUGUACCCCCUCCCCACAAAAAGGGGUACAUAAUAUUGAGGAAGGAGAGGGGAAUAUGCUGUUCUUUAUGUCCCAACUAAAUUCAGCCCUGUAGCAUUGACCAAGAUACUUAAAAGGCCAUCAUUUCAAGUCACUUACUUCUUUCUGCGUUCCCCUAUUAAUUUCAUUAGGGCCAGAUUUAAUUAGAAGCCCGGAGCCCAGUACAUCACUCCUAAAUCCACUUACAUGAAAGCUAUUGUAGAUGGGACUUGCUUCCAAGUAGGCAGGCUUAGAGGACUAGCAGAAGGCAUUUAGAUUGCAUUCAAGCCAAAGGCCAAUUUGUCGACUUCAGAAACAUCAACAGCAUUUGAAACCCUUCUCCGUUUCUUGUUUGGUCUGAAUGGGGACUCUGGAUUGGGAGGAAGGGGAACACUUCACAAUUAGGCGAGUCUAGAUAAUCAAGUAGGGACGCGGGUGGCGCUGUGGGUAAAUCCUCAGCGCCUAGGACUUGCCGAUCGCAUGGUCAGCGGUUCGAAUCCCCGCGGCGGGGUGCGCUCCCGUCGUUCAGUCCCAGCUCCUGCCCACCUAGCAGUUCAAAAGCACCUCCGGGUGCAAGUAGAUAAAUAGGGACCGCUUACCAGCGGGAAGGUAAACGGCGUUCCGUGUGCUGCGCUGGCUCGCCAGAUGCAGCUUGUCACGCUGGCCACGUGACCCGGAAGUGUCUGCGGACAGCGCUGGCUCCCGGCCUAUAGAGUGAGAUGAGCGCACAACCCUAGAGUCUGUCAAGACUGGCCCGUACGGGCAGGGGUACCUUUACCUAGAUAAUCAAGUAACUGUAGGUUGCGCACAACUAAUUAAUGAAUCAUCUCUAUUAAUGCCAAUGGGUCUAUUCUAAGUAGAGCUAGCACAGAAGAUCACUCCGUUGAGUUCAAUAUUCAUGCAGGGAGCCUGUGCAAAUUAGGUAGCCUUGUUUAAGCACCUGUUUUCUAUGUAAACCUGCCACCGAACACUUUUUUAAUCAUCUCCAAUAUUUUAGGUCACAUCCAGGUAACUAGAUGUCUCGUUAAUGGGAGACAUCAAAACUUCUUCCAGGAAACCAUAGUAACUGCAGUUCUGAGAGGAAGGGGGGAAAUGGCGGACAGCUAACUUGGGUGGCCAGAUUAAAAAAAGAGGACAGGCUCCUCCACCUUUAAUGGCAAGCAGAAGAUAAAUAAUCUCUCAAAAUUGCCUCUUCUGCACAACAGUUGGAAGGUUCAGGAGCUCUGUGUUCUUCUGCAUUUGGCUAUCCUAUCUCUUUUCAAUGAUUCUCACUGGACUACAAUGACCAGAAUUCUUUAACCAUCAUAUUUAAAGGGAUAUAGAAGUGAUCACUAUCUAGCAAAGAGAGAGCCUAGGAGCACCUACAUGUGCAAAUGUAAUUCAGUCAACACUGAGAAGAAUCUUGUUUUGUUGCAUUUGACUGUGAAGCACAGCAGAAUAACAAUUAUUUAAUGCCUUCCAUGGCAUUAGAUAGCUAGAUUCUACAGGAAAUCUCAAGGCUCUUAUUUGCAGCUCAGCAGGAGGAACAGAGCUAUGUAUAUCCCAUAUUUGAGGAAGGGGGGAAUAAAAAAUAAUAAUAAUUUGCUCCCAGGCCCUCUCAAUUAUGUGCCAAGAGAAAUGCUGAAUUCUGCACUUGGAAUAAAUUAUUCAAAUUUCUCUAGUUUUUGACAUUUAAGCGGGUGUUGCUAAUUUAAGGUAGGCUUGAAAGUCUAUUCUGAAAACUUGCUCUUUUUAAAAAAGAAAGAAAGAAAGCAAACUGAGAUUCUUAGGAAGCCAGUUCAUGCAUCCAAUACCACAUUCUGUGAUUAUUAUUAUUUUUUCUAGGCUCUUGUAAAAUUGCUGCAUACACAUGGAUCUGCUUGAUCCUUCCUUUUUCUUUCUUUCUUUUUUAAUAAUAUUUAUUGCUUUUACAACAAUUUAAACACUACAAAAAAAAAAUACAUUACAAUACAAAGACACUACCUUACACUAAAACAUUAAACUAACAAGACGAAACAAAAACAAUUUAAAAACACAUCAACAAAGAAAAGAAAAGGAAAAAAAAUAAAUUUCAAUGUCUUAUCUUUCUUUCACAUAUUUCCACGACCUCCUCACACCUCCCUUUUUGUAUUCCACUUCUAUUAAUUAUUUCAGCAAUUCCUUUCCAUCUUCCCCUGUUUCCUAUCCUAUAAUUAUCUUAACAUAUUUCAACCUCAUUUUUCUUUUAAUACUCUAUUAAUCUAUUUGUACUUAAUUCCUUAUAACCGUUCUACUAAAGCCAUAUCACUUCAUUCCAACAUUCUUCUAGCAUUCCUUAAUUUUACAAUAUUUCUGUAAAUAGUCUUUAAACUUUUUCCAGUCUUCUUCCACCGACUCUUCUCCCUGGUCUCGGAUUCUGCCAGUCAUUUCCGCCAAUUCCAUGUAGUCCAUCAACUUCAUCUGCCAUUCUUCCCUGGUGGGUAAAUCUUGUGUCUUCCAAUACUUCGCGAUGAGUAUUCUUGCUGCUGUUGUUGCAUACAUAAAAAAAGCUCUAUCCUUCUUUAGCACCAAUUGGCCGACCAUGCCCAGGAGAAAGGCCUCUGGUUUCUUAAGGAAGGUAUAUUUAAAUACCUUUUUCAUUUCAUUAUAAAUCAUCUCCCAGAAUGUCUUAAUCCUUGGGCACGUCCACCAAAGGUGAAAGAAUGUACCUUCAGUCUCAUUACAUUUCCAACAUUUAUUAUCGGGCAAAUGGUAAAUUUUUUCAAGCUUAACUGGUGUCAUGUACCACCUAUAAAUCAUUUUCAUUAAAUUUUCUCUUAGGGCAUUACAUGCCAUAAAUUUCAUACCUGUGGUCCAUAACCGUUCCCAGUCAGCCAUCAUUAUGUUAUGUCCAACAUCUUGUGCCCAUUUAAUCAUAGCUGGUUUCACCGUUUCAUCCUGAGUGUUCAAUUUCAACAGCAAGUUAUACAUUCUUGACAAAUUCUUGGUUUUUGGAUCUAACAAUUCUGUUUCCAAUUUUGAUUUUUCCACCUGGAAACCAACUUUUUUGUCCAAUUUGUAUGCCUCCAUUAUUUGAUAAUAAUGGAGCCAAUCUCGCACUUUGUUUUUCAAUUUUUCAAAGCUCUGCAAUUUUAUUCUAUCUCCAUCUUGCACCAGAAGUUCCCAAUAUUUCGGCCAUUUGGCCUCCAUAUUGAGUUUUUUCUGUGCCUUCGCUUCCAUUGGUGACAACCAUCUUGGGGUUUUCUUUUCUAACAAAUCCUUAUAUCUUAUCCAAACAUUAAACAAUGCUUUUCUAACAAGAUCCUUCCUUUUUCUUAUGCAUUAUGUGUAGCUAUAAAAUGGGUCACUGAACUCUUUCUGAAAACAGUGCUCAAGUAGUUUAGAGAGCAAUAGGGCAAGGCCUGAGCUAGCGCGCCUCAGGUGAAUGAUCUUUGGUUAGCCUCUCAGAAGGGAAGGGAUGGAAGGAUGCUUUGCUCCUCUCCCCACAAUCUCUACUCAAAAACAUUUUAUGGAAUCUUAAAUAACAUGUCGACAAGCAAGUAGCUUUUUCUUAUUUUCUGGCAGCCACAAUGCCACUUUACCAUCUCUUAAGACCACGCUGUUGACUGCGCAGAAAACAGGGGUGAAGAACCUUUGUCACGCUGAAUGCCACAUUUCCUUUUGGACAAUGUUUCGAAGGCCACCUGCUAGCAGUGAGCAGGCCAAGAGUAACAAUGGGGAGAUCAAGGAAUGUAAAUUUCUCAUUGUGUAGUACGCUUGUUUCCACACACAAACACCAGACAAGCAAGAGGUAUUAUCUGAGGUCUAGGGCACAUUCCAACCAGAGGAAAAACUUCCCUGACAUAAAGCAGGCCCAGUGAGGGGUGUGGCUUGGAGAACGUUCAGAGGGCCACAUGGGGAGAUAUGGAGGGCUGCAUUCAUCCUUCAGGCCUGAAGUUCCCAACCCCUGACCAAGAACAAUUGCAAAGUUUGGGGCAUUUUAUUGCUUUCUGUCCAGUUGUGCAUAUGCUUGCCCUGCACUGACUGCACCUUUUACCCGACAGAGCGUUCUCUGUUUCUGAAGCCACAAGUGCACACUGUUGUCAUGCGCUUCCAUGCGAUGAGAAGAAAAUUGCCCCAUGUCUCAGCGUGAUCAUCAUUUAUCAUCGAUAAAGGCACCAGCAGGCACUAAUGCAAACAGUAAAACUAGCAGGUCCUUGCCUUCCAACUCACAAUUUUGUUUGACAUUUUUUAGAUGCUAAAGAAUGUGAAACAAAGGGAAGGAGGACUUAAGGGGAGGAGAAAAACUGUGCACUAGCUAAGUGAAACAAACAAUGAGUAAAACACAGACUAUAAUUAGCCAACGAGUAAGAAAGGGAAGAGAGAGAGCAAAUGAGUUUUUAGUAGUUUCUUAAAAUGGCAAAGAGGAGAUCAGUCAGACAUCUCUUUUUUUAUUUUUAUCAAUGCUUCCUCCAGGAUAGUAAAUUCCUAGUCUUCAGCUAUGUACUGCUAAUUUGUAAGAUGGUCCAAAAGAUGUUAAUGAUGUCGUUGUUCUCUGAAAUUGUCAUACCAUGGUGCUUCCUAUAUAUCAGAGCUACUUUUCUCCACAUGGACCCAAAAUAUGGCAUGGAUCUUUCUCAUGGUGCUGGGGUGACACAUAAAAAGCACCUAUGUUUAUGACCGAUUACACAGCCAGCCAGUGUGGUAUAAUAGCUAAGAACAAGUAUGCUGAGGACUACAUCCUUGGGAGACAGCUGGAGUUUUUGCAGAUGUUGGACGCCCCUUGUCCAAACAAGACAUCUGUGGAUGUUACAGGUGCCACAGGAAUAUGAUCAUAACCUGCUCGGCCAAUAAAAUAUAGAACGUGCAGCUCCACCAUUCGAUGAUGAGGCCCCAUACUUCCUUUAGUGAUUUGAAAUAUGAAGGUUAAGUGAGUCAUGGGCAAUUUGCAACUGCCAGGAACGAUGUCUCAAUGCCUUCCAUCAGGAAGAUUUUGGGCACCACAUGGCAGGACAGAGUUCUGAACAAAGAUGUCCUCUCCUAAGCUCACAUUCCCAGACGUCCUGUCUCAGCGACGUCUACACUGGCUUGUUCAUGUCCACAGAAUGGAAGAUGGCAGGAUACCUAAGGACGUGCUCUACCGGUAGCUGGCUUCAGGCACCAGGCCCAUUGGCAGACCAACUCUGUGCUACAAAGAUGUCUGCAAAUGUGACAACGUGUGGCAAUCCCUUGCAGAUGACUGCAGUGCCUGGAGACUGUUAUGUACUGAAGUUCUCACCCUGGGCCAGCAGGGGGAUACUGUAGAUAGUUAUGCAAAUAAGGGAUCAAAAGUGACGUUCAGUGAUUGGAUAGUUUUAGAAAGUUGUUACAGUAACGUUGUACUGGAGCUCUAUAUAAGCAGGCUGACUGAACCCUUCAGUUCAGUUCUGUCCUGGCCUGUGAAUAAACAAGAGCUGUUUGAAGAAUCACUGUGUCGUCUGAUAUGUUCACCCACAACUUAACACUGGCGACGAGGAUGGGAUGGAUGGACAACAGAGCACAGCCAGAUGCAGCCACCCUCUGAGCAGAGCUGAAUCACUGAGCUGAAACACUGAGCGAAAUCACUGAACGUCACUUUCGAUCCCUUAUUUGCAUAACUAUCUACAGUAUCCCCCUGCUGGCCCAGGGUGAGAACUUCAGUACAUAAUAGAGACAGGUUGUGCUUCCAUAACAGUGGCCAAAGGAGGAAUGAUCGCUGGGAGGAGCGCAGAGAGGAGAAACGUCAUGGUGCAUCCGCAGCAGCACAACUGGACACCUUCAUCUGCCCCAGCUGCAACAAAACAUGCCUCUCUGAAAUUGGUCUCUACAGGCACAGCAGCCACUGUAACCUUCCAACGGUUUGACUUCACUCCCAAAGGCACACUCCUCCUUCGUCUCCCGAGACAGAUUGAUGCCAGCCAAAAGCUCCAUACCUGCUAAAUAUCUCUGUAUUUUAGGGGUUACAGAGGGACCCUCAGCAAAGGAGGAAUAUUUUCAUGGUUAUUGCAAUGCAUACUCCCGACAAACAUAUGCCUCUCUGUUGGGCCACCUUGACUUACUCACGAGCCCAAGGAAAUCAGUGACGGACGCAGAAGUGGGAUUCAAGUUGUUCAGUAUGCAGCUGCCUUGCAGAUGAGAGUUCUGAAGUUGUUUUGAAUGAUGAAUUUUCCACACCUGAAAGCUAUGAAAGGUGAAACAGCAAGUGCACCACAGAAAGCACUUCAAAAGCCAAGAUCAAGAGAAAUUUAGGAUUUCAGUCUUUGGUUUGAUAGAUGCUACAUGAAUAACUAAGAAAUGUGUGUGUUUGCAUAAUGCAGCGAGAGGAAGGGAGCUGCCUGCUCCACAUAGUAACACUUCCCACUCCUUCCAUAAGAAAAAGAAAGAACCAGGUGACAAUUAGGUUAGACUGAAGAGAACAAAGUUAAGCAAUUUAUUCAUUGAAGAAAAAGAACUCGGGAGGGAUGAGGAAGAGAUAAAGAGCAGCGAAGCUUAAAGUUUGCGUAAGCAUAUUGGAAAGUGGUGUUCCUGAUAGUUAUCGCCCGAGAACUGAUUGCUUGCUUGUGGGAGAGAAUAUUGAUUUUGCAUUUCUAAGCAAGUUUCUCCUAUUGACUUCAACUCUAUGUUUUAAAAUGUUGCAGCUUUCAGAUUCGCAGCCGUUAAGGCUAUACAAAGAAAAACCUUCACUUGACAUGUUUAUCCUGCACUUCCGUUGUCCCUGGGAAGCCAUGGGGGGGGGCUUAGGAAGCAUCAGAUUACCCUCUCCCAGGGCAGAGAGAAAGAACUCUGAGGUUCAAAGAGGGAAUUCAAUGCUGAAUGCCCCAUCCUUUCUGUAAAGGAAGGGGGAAGCUAGAAGAGCCGACUUAUGCUCUUCCUUGCACAACCGUCUUGUAAGGCUGUGGCCCAAACGAUUCAAUAAUGCUGUCACCAAUACUUGCUUAGUUAUUUUACAUAUUUCCCGUAUGACUGUUGUCCAGAAUAGUUGGAUUUUAGACAUCACCCCAGAAUUGGCCCUACUAAACAUCUUCCAAGACAAUUCACAGCUGAAGGGCUUUUUCCAUGCAGUAAUAUUUGAUGGUCAGCCACACAAGAGUGGCAGAUCAAAUUUCAAAUGUAAAGACCUCCGUGGGGGUUUCUGGUGGUCUGCUUGGCGGAAUUUUAUAAAGUCAGAUGGAUAUGAAAGCGGGAGAGGAUCGAAGGAGAUAAAAAUGAGCAUAGAAUUCCUACCUUUGGUUUAGGAGGCAGUUAGAGAUGUAUUCUGAUUGUACCUGCAAAUUCCCCCCUUAACUCUCACAAAUAAAUUGUGCACACAAAAAAAUGUCGCCCAUUGCUUGCAUUAGCCUUGUGAAUGUAUUGUUCCAAACAAGGCAGUGGGUAGGUGGGGGGGGGCGGGAGUCAAACUCAUUACUAAAAUGUUUUCACCGGCUUUCUCUUUGUGUCACUACAGACAAUCCAAAGGAAAGCAGCCGCAUCCCAGUGUUUAUUAAAGUCCUGGACGUGAAUGACAACGCCCCGGAGUUUGCCAUGUUUUACGAAACCUUCGUCUGCGAAAACGCAAAGGCCGAGCAGGUGUGCGGUUUGCGCUUUGUAACGAAUAAAUAUGAGAUUUAUAAACGUGGUCUGUGUUAUAGUGGCAACAGCACUGUGCCUGUGAGCUGGCCCUAUGCAUUGCAAAGGAACUGACAGUGAUGCUAAGUGAAAUGAGACCAUGACUAUCUUGCAUCAGCUUGCGACUGGCAUUCCCUUAGGAGCUGAUGUGAUGCGGCAUUGCAUAUCACAGAGUUCAGCGUGGCUCCUUCUUGAACUUCAGUUUGCCGGCCCCAUAUUUCCCCUUAAUUUGCUCUGUUUAAUGCUUCUCUUGAUGAAUCCCUUGCAGGUUUGAUAUGAAAGGCACAUAUUUGAAAUUAGUUCUGUUGCCACCUAGGUAUUUGCAAGAUCUGGGUGGGGAAUGAGACAAAAGAUUGGGGUCUUCUUUUUUUAAAUGGACUGAAAAGAACUACUCAACAUACUCUAAUGUUUGGGGAGGCAAAGCCCUUUGUAGUUACCCCAGUUCACCAUGCCCUACAGCCCGGGAGACAAUUCACUAGUUGGGUGUGUGGCGGAUUGCCUGGUCAUUCUGUGCCCCAGAAGAAAGGCAAAGUCUGAAGGGGGCAUCUAAAUGUGUUCCACAGAGUGCAUUUAGAAACCUACCAGGUUUCCCAGUCAUGAGGUGGCUUGCAAGUGCAUUCAGCUGAGCACAGAAACCCCCUUUAGCCCAUCUCUCUCAACAUGAGAUGGUUGGGGAGGAACAGGUAUAAUAAGGUUGCCCUAUGUCCGGAAUUUUCCAGACAUAGCUGGGAUUUGGGCAUCAAGAACUUAUACCCCACCCAUCUGGCUAGGUUUCCCCAGCCACCCUGGGUGGCUCCCAACAGAACACUAAAAACAGAAUAAUACUUCAAACAUCAAAAACUUUCCUAAACAGGGCUGCCUUCAGGUGUCUUCUAAAAGUCAGAUAGUUGUUUAUUUCCUUGGCAUCUGAUGGGAGGGUGUUCCACAGGGUAGGUGCCGCUACCAAGAAGCUCUACCUGCUUCCCUGUAACCUCACUUCUCGCAAUGAGGGAACUGCCAGAAGGCCAUUGGAGCUGGACCUCAGUGUCCGGGCUGAACAAUGGGGGUGGAGACACUCCUUCAGGCAUACUGGGCCUUUGAGGCCAUUUAGGGCUUUAAAGGUCAGCACCAACACUUUGAAUUCUGUUUGAAAACGUACUGGGAGCCAAUGUAGGUCUUUCAAGACCGGUGGUAUAUGGUCUUGGCGGCCGCCCCCAGUCACCAGUCUAGCUGCCACAUUCUGGAUUAGUUGUAGUUUCCGAGUCACAUUCAAAGGUAGCCCCACAUAGAGCACAUUGCAGUAGUCCAAGCGGGAGAUAACUAGAGCAUGCACCACUCUGGUGAGACAGUCCGCAGGCAGGUAGGGUCUCAGCCUGCGUAGCAGAUGGAGCUGGUAGAAAAUCCCUAUAUGAGACACGUAUUCCAAAGCAACUCUUAGAGAACAACAUUUCUUUGCUGGAAAUCUCAACCACUGCUAUCAGCUUGGCACACGGCUUCGAACUCAUUGCUCUAAGGUUAUUUGUGAAAUAAUACAGUGUGAACAAGGUCUUGGUCUCAAAGAGCCUGGCUGUCACAGCAAUGGUAAUACAAUAAUGCCAUUGUCCAUUUUUUAGCUCAUACAGACCUUAAGUGCCGUUGACAAAGACGACUCUUUCGGCGGACACAAAUUUUCCUUCUCGCUGGCUCCCGAAGUAGCCAGCAGCUCCAAUUUCACCCUUCAGGACAACAGAGGUAAUUCUUGUCUAUCUGCUUCAUUCUGUUUGGGGUUGGGGAACUUUCAGAAUGAACAUGCUGCUUCCAAUGCUCAUGGUUCUCUCCAGAUAACACAGCCGCGAUCUACACAAGGAGAACCCGGUAUAACAGACACGAGAUGAAUAUCUACCUCCUGCCCGUGGUAAUAUCGGACAACGACUACCCGAUUCAGAGCAGCACGGAAACCGUGACCAUCCGAGUGUGCGCCUGCGACCAGAGAGGGAAAAUGCUCUCCUGUAACGCCGAAGCGCUGAUCCAUCCAACCGGCCUCAGCACAGGCGCUCUGAUCGCAAUUCUCCUCUGCAUCAUUAUACUGCUAGGUAAAGGAGUCGCUUAAAUUGUGGGAGGUGGGAAGAGAAGCACAGCAUGUCCAUGGAUGGAGAAUGCAUGUGUGCUACACGUUAACAAAGCCAUGGGGAUUUAAGAACUGUAGUCAUGGGCAGCAGCCAGGAUUUAGGUUAGGAGGGCAGGACACCCCACCUGUCAUCAUCCUCUGCCUGGGUCUGUCUAGCAGAUUCGGAAGGAGAUGCCUCAGAAUUGCUUUCUUUUCAGCCCAAGUCCUCAGUCUAAAUCUUCAGUCAUUUGAAAACUAGGAAGUUAAAUAACAAAAUCAGAGACCGCCUUUUGUGUGGUUAACGAGUCUCUUUUGCAAAACUACAAAGAACACGCCUUUUUUCAUCUUUUUUUUUUUAAAUCAAAACUAAAACAAGUUUCCUCAGAUUUGCUGAUAACCUUUUCAGCACUUCCUUCUCAAAUUCCUCCUAUUUUCUGAUGAAGUUUUUUUUUCUCCUGUGAAUGCUCAGUAAGCAUUGCCCAUUUCUACUUUUAGUUAAUUAUUUUUAUUUAUUUACUUGAUGGAAGAAGCAGCCUCCCCCUUCUCCUGGCUACACCCAUGACCGUAGUUAUCCAGUGUCAUUGGAGAAGUGAUCUCAUUUGAAUUACACAGGGUUUUUGUACUUCCUUCCAGGAUCCUCCCUGGAUGCCUAUGAGAAUUUAAUCUGUGGUGACCCCAAAUAUACAGAUAACACAACCACCUCCACUGUACACUUCUGCCUCAGUCAUACAUAGGCCAACCACAAUCAGAAAUCACUGCAAGCACCUGAGCUGUCAGGCCACGGCCUAAGCCACCAUACACACAUGUCCACUAAACUUUAGCUUUUACAUGAGCACAUUCACCUGCUGAUCAUAACCACAAAGUGCAGCAGGUACACACUGACCCAAACGUACACAGUCCCAAAGUUCACCAGUGGAGGAAGCUGUGAUCGUAUCAACUCCUUGACUCCAGUAACACAAUAUCUCAGUUUACCCAAGUUACACUACCAACUCUUGGCGCCUACCAUAAAAAUCCUAUUUUGUGUUUUAAUUGUUUUUUUACUGAUUUUCCAAUAUUGUUCCAAUAACAGCCUCAUUAUAACCAUGCCAAUUUCAUCCAGUUAAUACAAUUAUCAAAACCAAUUAUUUAUAUACCAAAUUAUACAAUUUCGUUAAAGUGGCCUCCUUACCUGCUAGAUUUGAUGGCUUCCUCUUUCCUUUUCCUUUUCCAAAAUCUUAAUAAUUUCAGUUACAUUCCCUUCAAGAUAACGAUCCCCUUAUAGGGAUUGCAAUCUUAUGGUUUCAAUUCGCAUUAAUAUAUUAAGUGAUUUAUAAAGUCUCAAGCGAGGUGCUCGGUCUGUAAUCAUAGUUCUUUCCUGCGUGUGGUAACCGCCACCCCCCAAAUGAUGUUGUCCCAACCAUAUAUAGUGUUGUGUCCUUCAUUCUUCCAACUGUUGAUAUUUCCCAUCAUGACUUGGGGGAAGCGGUUGUCUCACAGUUUUCCAAAAGCCUCUACGUCGCUUUGCCCUGUGAUUCGGGAGUUCGUUGGAGACCCCUCCGUUCCAACAAAUAAAUUGUCCUCGCCAUUUUUUUUUUCCAACCUAGGAAGAGCAGUCUGAUUCCAAACUGCCAGGGAUUAAUAGGAAAACCUAUUGCAGCUGGCAGAUUCUUCCCCGCUUUCCGCUAAAAAUUUAUAAUCGGUUACCUUUCCCAUUUGAUUACAGUGGUACCUCAGGUUAAGUACUUUAUUCAUUCUGGAGGUCCGUUCUUAAACUGAAACUGUUCUUAACCUGAAGCACCACUUUAGCUAAUGGGGCCUCCUGCUGCCGCCGCGCUGCCGGAGCACGAUUUUUGUUCUCAUCCUGAAGCAAAGUUCUUAACCCGAGGUACUAUUUCUGGGUUAGCAGAGUCUGUAACCUGAAGCGUAUGUAACCUGAAGCGUAUGUAACCCCAGGUACCACUGUACGUUCCAAAUUGUCUCAGUUUCCGCAUUCCUUUGAAAAUAACGGAGAACAAGGGUGGUUUUGUUCUGUAUUCCAUCAUAGUCCUUUCAAAGGGUGAAACAUCCACCACACCCCUUUAUCAGCAUCCUAUUUCUAAUCCAUGGGUAGACAAACUAAGGCCUGGGGGCCGGAUCUGGCCCAAUCACGUUCUAAAUCCGGCCUGCGGACGGUCCAGGAAUCAGCGUGUUCUUACAUGAGUAGAAUGUGUCCUUUUAUUUAAAAUGCAUCUCUGGGUUAUUUGUGGGGCAUAGGAAUUGGUUCAUUUUUUUCUUCAGAAUAUAGUCCUCCCCGCCACAAGGUCUGAGGGACAGUGGACCGCAGAUGGUCCGGGAAUCAGCAUGUUUUUACAUGAGUAGAAUGUGUCCUUUUAUUUAAAAUGCAUCUCUGGGUUAUUUGUGGGGCAUAGGAAUUCAUUCAUUUUUUUCUUCAGAAUAUAGUCCAGCCCCCCACAAGGUCUGAGGGUCAGCUGAAAAUGUUUGCUGACCUCUGUACAGCAGACUCAUCAUUGCCCAGGGAAAUGAGACUCCACAGUUCUUCCAAAGACUUCACUUUGUGCGGUAGGAGCUUCUUAUUCCAUGCACAAGCCCAUCCCGCAAAGAGCACCUCUUUGGGCUCCAUCAGAGGGUAUUAGGGAAGACAGGUCAGGUUUGGGGAAUCACCUUGUUGAGCUGUGCAGGAAGUAACAUGUCAGUAGGGUUUGGAUUGGAAACAACAAUUCUUUGGGUCCCAGGCCUAGCAUUCACUGGCUUUCAAUUAAACAGUUGCUUUAGCAUUGUAUCUUUCUCAAUCCGCUUUCAUGCUUUGUUUAGGCAAUCUCAACACUAUGUGAAACAAAGGCACGGAAAGAAUUGAACUACAAUUUCCAUUUUUAGCAGCGACAAAAGGCAGAUUUAUUUUUAUUUUUUAUUUUUGCUGUUCACCCCACCCCCACCCCCUCGGCUGCAUGGCGGAUUUCACUUUCAGCCUGAGAAAGCCUAGGCUGUUUAUUGAAAAAUCCCAGAUAAUGCUAAGAACUGCUGAGGGUAGUGGGGAGAAAAAACAGCUCAGCUUUACAUUUAUGUUAACGUUUUGUUGAGCAUUAGGAGGGCUUAUUUUACAAGUUCACUUCAGACGGGAAACUGAGCAUCAAGAACAGGGUUAUAUUUGGAGCUGAGUCAGUGGUUUGCACAAAUCCAAUUUGAAUAUUCAUUUCUUUUUAGUGAAAUCUCAUUCAUAAUGACAUUAGCGAGGCAGAAUAAAAAACCAAAAACAAAUCAGCUCUGGGAUUUUGAGCUGUUGUGUACUGGAUAACACAGAGGACAAUGUUUAGCAAAGGCAGUCUGGGGGAUGGUUUAGAAUUUAUAGUUGAUGCACGAUAGCAGCUGCCAUCUCAGGGCACCUCUGCCCUCUGUCCCCAUCUUAUGCAGCCCUCAACACAUCUGGAAGCUGCUUCCUUCUUCCUUCCUUCCUUCACUUCCUUUUUGUUUGUUUCCUCAUUAUUUUUCCUGGCUCUUAAAAAAGCAUUUCCCUUUCUUUCUGUGUGAUUUUGGAACAUUUAGAAAGGGCAGUACGGUGGUACCUCGGCUUACGAACGAUUCAGUUUACAAACUCCGCAAAACCGGCAGUAGUGUCCCGGUUUGCGAACUUUACCUCGGUCUAAGAAUGGAAUCCGAACGGUGGAAGGGCACCGGUGGCGGGAGGCCUCAAUAGGGAAAGCGCACCUCGGUUUAAGAAUGGACUUCCGGAGCGGAUUAAGUUUGUAAACCGAGGUACUACUGUAUUUUUAUUUAAUAAAAAUAACUUGAUGCCUUUUUUAAAGAACUUUAUUUACUGGUCAUAUUAUUUAUUUAUUUAUUUAUCUAUCUAUCUAUGUCCUUGUACUCUGUAUAAAGAAUUAAAAUUAGGAACUGCAACACAUGUUCCUUAUUGUUUUCUCAAGGAAAGGGGGGAAAAAACAAAUUUUUACUUUUUUCACCUAUAAUAUGGCUAAUGUGGCAUUUCACCUGGAAAGGUGCACUCUCUUGCUCUCUGUAUGUGAAUAAUAAUAAUAAUAUACCACCAUAUACCCAGAAGUCUCAGGGCGUUCCCUUAAAUAAAUUCCAAAGCAUUUCUGGCAUUAGUCAUUUUAAGAGACAACUUUUUUCUUUCCUUUCCAUUUCAUGUGCCUUGAAAUUGAACUUGUGAUUUCAUAAGGAUCAUUUCCAUGCUGCGCAAAGUAAAACAAAAACAAAAACCCCAAAGCAACAUCUACCGCUGACAAAAAAUAACUGCUCUUCAUCUUCCUUCAAGCUUGAAAUCCGGUUUCCUCCUAAUGUUUACCCUCCUUGCAACCCCCAGUGCUCACAGUAGGAUUGGCUGCAGUGUGAGAGACUGUGGAUUUGGAGUGGGCAGUUUGAUAGAGUUUCUUAUAAAAGACAACAUUCGAGCAACACAUAUAUUGCCCAUUCUAUUUUUGUUCUUAAUUGGGCGGCAAAUGAACUCCUCCUCCUCCUCAGCAUUCACCGACACUGCUUCUUGUUUUUCUUUCCAGUUACAGUGGUGCUGUUUGCAGCCUUGAGACGACAACGGAAGAAAGAGCCUUUGAUCAUUUCCAAAGAGGACAUCCGAGACAACAUUGUCAGCUACAAUGACGAAGGUGGCGGAGAGGAAGACACCCAAGCGUUUGAUAUUGGCACGCUGCGGAACCCUGAAGCCAUAGAAGACAAUAAACUGCGACGAGACAUUGUGCCAGAAGCGCUUUUCGUGCCGCGCCGGACUCCAGUGGCGCGGGAUAACACCGACGUCAGAGAUUUCAUUAGCCAAAGGUUAAAGGAGAAUGAUUCGGAUCCAACAGCGCCCCCUUAUGACUCAUUAGCAACCUACGCAUAUGAAGGCAAUGGAUCUGUGGCAGAGUCCCUCAGCUCCUUGGAGUCGGUGACCACGGAUGGAGACCAGGACUACGAUUACCUCAGUGACUGGGGUCCGCGGUUUAAAAAGUUGGCCGACAUGUACGGUGGAGCGGACAGCGACAAAGACUCUUAA